GAAUAGAAAAGAAAGAUUGAAAAAAAAAAUGAACGGCUUGGAUCGCGUAUCAACGGCCAAUUUCUGUUAGAAGAAAAGGUUCCAUGGGAACUAUUAUUUUUUUCUAUUUUCAGGGUACCUCAUCUCUUUUUUUUCUUUGAAAAAAAAAAAAGAGAAGAAGUGGGGGGAGAAAUGACAAGAAGAUAUUGGAACAUCAAUUUGGAAGAGAUGAUGGAAGCUGGAGUACAUUUUGGUCAUGGUACUAAGAAAUGGAAUCCUAGAAUGGCACCUUAUAUAUCUGCAAAGCGUAAAGGUAUUCAUAUUAUAAAUCUUACUAGAACAGCUCGGUUUUUAUCAGAAGCUUGUGAUUUAGUUUUUGAUGCAGCAAGUAGGGGAAAACAAUUCUUAAUUGUUGGUACCAAAAAUAAAGCAGCUGAUUCAGUAGCAGGGGCAGCAAGAAAGGCUCGGUGUCAUUAUGUUAAUAAAAAAUGGCUUGGUGGUAUGUUAACGAAUUGGUAUACUACAGAAACGAGACUUCAUAAGUUCAGAGACUUGAGAACGGAACAAAAGACGGGCAGACUCAACCGUCUUCUGAAAAGAGAUGCGGUUGUGUUGAAGAGACAACUAUCUCACUUGCAAACAUAUUUGGGCGGGAUUAAAUAUAUGACGGGGUUACCUGAUAUUGUAAUAAUUGUUGAUCAGCAAGAAGAAUAUACGGCUCUUCGAGAAUGUAUCACUUUGGGAAUUCCAACGAUUUGUUUAAUCGAUACAAAUUGUGACUCGGAUUUAGUAGAUAUUUCGAUUCCAGCGAAUGAUGACGCUAUAGCUUCAAUCCGAUUAAUUCUUAACAAAUUAGUAUUUGCGAUUUGUGAGGGUCAUUCUAGCUAUAUACGAAAUUCUUGAUUAAUAAUAAGAUAAGGAAAUUAUUUUGGGAACUCCAUAGAAUAUAGAUUUAUUGAACCGAUUACUAUUCCUGAAUCGCACAAAAGAGAU